UACACGCUGCGUAAGCUUUAUCAAGCGACUUCCCGCGCUGCAAUCUUCCCAGUCUCUCUGCUUCUCGGCGGUUGCUGUUGCAUUGAGCUUUUUGCUUGAUUUGCAGUACUCGAGUUCACUGCCAUGUCUUCUGAAGAAGGGAAGCUUUUCGUGGGAGGGCUGAACUUCAACACCGAUGAGCAGGCUCUGGAAGACCACUUCAGCAGCUUCGGUCCUAUCUCUGAGGUGGUUGUUGUCAAGGACCGGGAGACUCAGCGAUCCCGGGGUUUUGGUUUCAUCACCUUCACCAAUCCAGAGCAUGCCUCAGAUGCCAUGAGAGCCAUGAAUGGAGAGUCUCUGGAUGGUCGCCAGAUCCGUGUGGAUCACGCGGGCAAGUCGGCCAGGGGAACUAGAGGGGGUGCCUUUGGGGCCCAUGGGCGUGGUCGCAGCUACUCUAGAGGUGGUGGGGACCAGGGCUAUGGGAGUGGCAGAUAUGACAGUCGACCUGGGGGUUAUGGAUAUGGAUAUGGAUAUGGAAGGUCCAGAGACUAUGGUGGCAGAAGCCAGGGUGGUUAUGACCGCUACUCAGGAGGAAAUUACAGAGACAAUUAUGACAACUGAGAUGAGGCAUGUGCACCUAAAGUAGAUACACAAGGAAUAAAACUUCUGAUCCAGGAUCAUCCUUCCAAAUGGCUGUAUUUAUAAAGAUUUUUGGAGCUGCACUGACACAUCUGUUCUAGUACAUCAAGUUCUAUUUUUUAACUGAGCUCCAGAGGUAGUUUGUUACAGAGACCUUUUAGAGAAAGCUCCAUGUGAUUUCUAAAAUUUUCUCCCAUUUAAAUACUAAUCCUGGGACAUUGCAGAUGCUGGGUAUUUUCCAGUUUUUCAGUUUGGGCUCUCAGGAUUACUGAUUGUGGCAAAAAAAAAGUUUGUUUAGACUGCUUUAAAAACAAUGUGCAUUUAGGGACAUUUAAAAGCCUAUCUGCAAUGUUUAUCAAGAUUAGGAAGCAAUUUCCAAAUGCAAAUACAAGAAAUCAUUGAUAUGAUUAGAGGUGGGGUUUUUUUUAAUUAUUCAAGGUUACCACCCUGAGUAUACAGCAGUUUAUUAAAAAUAUUUGUGAAUGUAUUUUUUAGUACUGGAAGAAAAAAUAUUCUGUUGUCUCAUUUAGCAUUUUAGGAUGUUCUUCACGGAGCUGAUUAAAAAGUUGAAACAUGAAAAACUGA